AUGAAGAGGCAGGCAAACAAUCACACAGAUUCUUCGAAUAAACGCAUCGGUACUCUUGAAAGCCUUUGGUCGAAACAAAAGAAAGUAGAUGAACCGUCAAAUUCAACUUGUACAACUUUAGACACAUCUAUUAGUAUCAUUAUUGAAUCACAGACUAUUUCGGAUUCAUCUUCAGGGAAACAAGAUCAAAUUGUUGCGAAUUAUAAUGCUUCAUCAUGCGAUAUCAGUAUUUCUGUUGAUCAUCCACCAAUACGACCAGUUUUAUCCUCUUAUCCUGUUAACAACGAAAAUCGUUCAUUUCAAUCUCAAUGGUAUUACAAUCGCCCAUGGCUUGAAUAUUCCAUUAAGAAUGACUCUGCUCAUUGCUAUUAUUGCCGGCAUUUCGGCAUAUCAAUUCAAACAAAACGUCUUCAAAGUGAUGCUUUUACUACUGGUUUCAACGGAUGGAAACGAGCAUUGGAAACAGAUCGUGGCUUCGAUCAACACGUGAAAAGCAGUUUUCAUAUAGUAGCAACAAAAAACUAUGAUGAAUAUAAGAAGCGAUUACAAUCAAACGCAAGCGUAAUUAAUCUGCUUGAUAAAUCUAGAGCUGAACUGAUCAAAGAAAAUCGAGCAAAAUUAAUGAAAAUUUGCUCAACGGUUCUACUUUGUGCUCGACAGAUGAUCGCUCUGAGAGGACAUGAGGAAAAUGGAGAAUCAAAAAACCGUGGCAAUUUGAUUGAAUUAUUACAUUGGGCGUCUUCAACAGAUCCUCUAGUCAACAAAAUCCUAAAUGAUUCUGAUUCAAAUGCCACUUAUUUGUCUCCAACAAUUCAAAAUGAAAUUUUGAAAAUUCUAGCAGAUCAAAUACGACGAAAAAUUUCUAACGAAGUAAGUAAUUGUAGAAUAGCCGUAGCUCAUAGAAAGAACUCAAUUCUAUGUUACUCUUCAGAUAAAGAAUCGACCAUUCGUGCUCAUGGCUGA